UCACCGGUGGAGUGAGUCAGUACAGCAGCUGACGGGCUCAGGGACACAGCAGUUCUCACUAAUAAUGUCUCUCAUGGCCACCACCAGGCGUCUACCUGGACAACUGCUCGCCCGAGCUCUAGCUCUGGGCCCAAGGUCCAUCACAACCACUCACAAGCGUGAUGGGGAAGUAUCAUCAGAUCACGAAGAGGAGGCCAUUCACUAUCGACCUUCAACUGCCCAGGCACCAAAGAUGACAGAUAUUGGUACUAGACCCAUUUUUAACGAAGAUCACGACAUCUUCCGGACAUCUGUGCGGAAAUUUUUCAAUGAAGAGGUUUUACCUCACCAUGCCCAAUUUGAGAAAGAUGGCUAUGUGUCACGUGAGUGCUGGUUGAAAGCUGGUGAACAAGGCCUCCUGGGUACUGACACUCCUGCUGAGAUGGGUGGCAUUGGAGGUGACUUCAAGGAUGGUGCCAUCAUUAUGGAAGAACAAAUGUAUGUAAAUUGCUCAGGACCUGGAUUUCCUCUACACACACAUAUUAUCAUGCCAUAUAUCACCCAUUAUGGCUCUCAAGAACAAAUCGACAAAUAUAUCCCUGAAAUGACUGCUGGACGCAAGAUUGGAGCCAUCGCUAUGACCGAGCCUGGUGCUGGCAGCCUGUCAAGGCAUUUCAUGAACACAGAGCGUUUUGCAAGCAUGUAUGGUGACGUGGAGAUGGUAAAACAGCGUUCUUCUAAUGUCUUCAUAGCUGUAGGUGUAAGUACUUUGUCAGCUUCAGUAUCAUCGAGAAAGGUGACGAUGAAGGAUUCUUUCAGUGAAGAUACUGCAGAGUUAUUCUUUGAAGAUGUUCGUUUACCUGCGUCUGCCUUGCUAGGGAAGGAGAAUCAUGGCUUCUACUAUCUUAUGAAUGAGUUGCCUCAGGAGCGCCUUCUUAUUGGCAUCAUGUCAUGUGCCAACUGUGAGUGGCAGUUGGAAGAGACUCGGGCUUACCUCAUGUCUAGAAAGGCAUUUGGCAAGACACUUCCAAAUUUACAGACAGUUCAGCAUAAACUUGCAGAACUAAAGACAGAGAUCUGUGUUGCUCGUGCCUUCACUGACCAGUGCAUUGACUUGCAUAAUGUUGGGAAAUUGGAUGGUAGCAUGGCAUCAAUGUGUAAAUAUUGGAUGUCAGAGAUGCAGAAUCGUGUUGGUUAUCAGUGUGUGCAGCUCCAUGGUGGCUGGGGGUAUAUGUGGGAAUACCCAAUUUGUAAGGCCUAUGUAGAUGCAAGAGUACAGACCAUCUAUGGUGGGUCCAACGAGAUCAUGAAAGAAUUAAUUGCUCGUCAAAUUGUUGGUGACAAGAGGCUUUAACGAGCAGGCUGGGGAGACGUGAUGCAUCCAUCACUGCAGCACUGUCAACAGUGUCUUG